UCGCCUGAUAUACAUUUAUACAAACCCACACCACCCGGAAAAUACAUCAAAAUUCAGGAAAAUGGAGGCCCCAGGCGAGAAUGAAUCAUCAGGGCAAUCGGCCAAAUCAAAUGACAAAACGGUGGCCAAAUGCAGUUUCAUGAUUACCGUGGGCACUGAUGGUCUCAUCGAAAUUAGCUCAGUUAAUCAGGAGUGCCAGAAUCCCCAAAGCGGAGCAGACAGUAGUAACUCCCCAUCGGCGAAUGGCACUAAAGAAGCCAAGAAAGAGUGCUUAGCUGUGCUCAAAGGGGAUUCAAAUGACAUCGAUGAUGAUUCAACUGAAAAGCUGGAGAAGAGCAAGGAUGCCAAGUCCAUAGAGGAGAUCAAGAAAACCGAAACUUUGCCGCCUUUCGUUAAGAUCUGCAACAAAGAUCUGGCGAAUAGACCUUCGUUCGUGGUUCUCGAGGACGCUUUGGCUAGGAAUCGGAUUCAACAGGACAUGGAACAGUCGAAGGAGGACCAAACGUCCAAGUGUCAGGCGCAGCAGACCUCGCUUUCCUACGCCAUUUCUAAUGCAGGAUCCCAGACUGAUAAAGACUUUCCGCAGUAUCCAACCACCAGCAAUAGCAACCAGAAAGGUAAUGCUGUACCAGCCGCUCGCAAGUUAUCCCUGCAAACUGCAGCCCAAGUCCGCCAAAAACUUUCACAUUUAAGUCGGGAGCAACAGCAACAACAGCGACAUCCGUCACUGAAUGAGCAGCAUCAACAGCACAUGUCCUUGCUGCAGCAUCAGAACCUGCAGCAGCAGCAGCAGCAGCAACAGCAGCAGCAGCAGCAGCAGCAGCAGCAUAUGCAGCAUCAUUUGACGCUGCAGCAACAUCCGAACAUUCGAGUUCAACCGACCAACAACUCGCCAUAUGUGACCAUCAGUUUUAUGCCAAUGAACCAGCCGGGGGCGGCAACAUCGGGUUCUCCUGUCAUGUAUCCUGGCCAGCAGUUCCUGUGCGCCACGCCGAGCAGCUGCUCCUGCUGCACGUGCAGCAAUUGCUAUCCGUCGAGGACGAGUCAAGUCUGUCCAAUGCAGAUGGGCAAUCAGUAUCAAUGUCCAGCCAACGGAAGCAACUGCUGCAUGCUGAAGCCGGAGAGUUUUGCCAACGGCUGCUACAACGGUGGCACAUCCUGCUGUCCUGUGUCGAACAUGGAAUCACAUCCUUCCAUGGGAUUAGGUAGUCAGAUCAGUCAGCACGUGAUGCACCCAGUUCUCGGAACCUCCACUUGUGCGCUCCAGCAGCAGACGAAUAUUCCGAUUUCCGGAGGAUUUUAUCCCUGUUGCUCGUGCCAAUCGUUGUGCAACCAGUGUUCCCAGUGCAGGGUGCACCCCCAUCCUUGUUGCCACUGCCUGGGACCCUUCAACAACCAACAGGUGUUCCAAUCGCAGCAGCGGCAGCAGCAACAAGCCCAAGGUGUCUGCUGCCCCUUGAAACCAAGCCAGCGACGCAGCAACUUCUACCCAUCCAAGGAAAAGUCGCUGAAGUCCAGCGAAAGAUCCCACAAUCAUGAUGGAAUGAAGCGCAUAUUUAACAAGAAGGCCCAGGUUCAGGAGACACCCCAGGAUGCCAAGGACAACCAAAAUGAUCAAGCAACCAGCAAAAAGGCGCCAUUACGCCGAUCCAUGGGAGGAGCAUCAUUUGUGCGGACCAAUCCCAGCCCAACCUCCUUGUGUGUCGCUCGGAUUGGCAGGACUUGCUUGGUCCUGAGACCCACCAGCAACGCCCUCGUGCCACGCCUCCUGACCAAGCGAAUCAGUCGCUACACCUCCGUGAUAGCCUGGCCAACAAAGAGUGUGAAGCCCAAACUACAAAAUCAAACCACCAUUCAAGAGCAAUGAACAUAAACUUUCUUUCUAUAACUCCGUUUUGGUUUCACUACUUAAGAGGUACUUGGCUAGAGUCAGAUCGUGGCUGGAGUCAAUUUCCAGACUAUCCUUGGCAUCGAUUUCCACAACGGAGCACCUAUUGUUCUGCAGUAGCCCAUUGUCCACCAGUUUCCUCCUCGAGAAGUAAAACAUUCCGGUUUCCACAAUAUCACCCUGCCAAUCUUGGCGUCUUGGCCUGGCACUCAAGUCGAAUUCCGCUGGCAUCAAUUCCCCAUCGACCACCUUCCAUCGCAGGUAAUGUGAUCUGAAAUAGAUGGAUUCUUAAUAACACAUCUUACUUGGAGCAUAGCAUACCUCUUAGCGGCAAAAACGCAGUCGUGGGAGUCGAACUUUCGAACAGCCUCUUGAAUGUACUUGGUUUUCAGGAACACGGAUGUGCAUUGGAAUAGAGCAAAGUCCUGAAUACUCCGGUGAACAUCUAGGAACUCCGAAAUGGCAUGAAGUGAUGGGGUAUCAUCUCUGGCGAAUUUCUCGGGCCGUCGAUGUAUUGUGGCACCAUCUAAAGUGCUUGAGAGCUUGCAAGAUAGAUUCACCAUUAUAAUAUUUAAUGCUCACACUUUUGCGCCUCGAUGGCAAUUCGUUUGUCAUCUGUGGAAACCCAAAUGUGUCGAAAGCAAGUCGAAUUUUUGAUGGUCAUAAUUGUGCGGGCCAAAAGCGAUGAGCCACCAACUUCAGCCAGGUUUUUCAGCUUGAUGCCUUUGCUGCCUCCCCUGGCCAAAAUUAAUGCAUGAAUAUCGUUGCUCAGACUGAAAUAAAACUCAAUAAUUAAAAGCACUCAUGAAUCUACUCAUGAAUCACUCACCAAUUUUCCGUACACCCGGUUUCGAAAAGAAAAGCUAGUAAAAUAAGAAAAGUCGCCGGUUUCAGUUUUUUCAUGGUGCUGUGC